AUGAGGUUUCAACAGGCAAUGCAAUUGGAAAAACAUCGGGCUGUUUUGGACGACCGGAGAGAAGAACAGGACAAGCUGUUUGUGCCUACUAGAGAAGACAUUCAUCAAAUCUACUCGCUCAACAAGGCAUGGCAUGAUCCACAGACUCUGUCACUACUACGCAUUCUCAGUCUAGUCAAGGAUAAAGUUCAUCAGAGAGUAGCCGUUACUACUGUAGCUGGAUCUACUAAUAGUCUUACAGUCCCAGCCACUGACAAUGCAACUCCUGCUUCAGCAAGUCAUCAUUAUCAUCAUCGACCCGCAGCUACAUUCUCAAUUCAUUCGUCUCCUCAUAGUGUUGCCAGUCAAAAUGGAAUGCCACAUUCGCUCACAGCUAACGACAAUAGAGAUGAGAGCGGGAGGAAACCCCAAAGGAAAUAA